AUGCUUGAUGGGUUGAGCCCCCAGGCUGGAAAAAUCUGGAAGAAAGCUAAUCUGACAUUCUCCUUUGAUGGCAAGCGCAUGACCAAGACCUUCCUAAUCUGCAACACAGGGUCUCACGCCGCUAUCCUGGGACUGAAAUGGUUGGACGCACAUAACCCAGAGAUUGAUUGGAACUCAUGCACCCUUACCUUCCCUCAUACCCCUCCGGAGCACAUGGCCAUAGCCAAAGAAGAGGAAGCUGAUCAGAAUCCCCUGGAAGGAGUACCCUCCAAAUACCACCAAUACGCCAAGGUGUUUGGAGAAGAAGAAUUCAACAAGCUUCCUCCCCAUAGGCAUUACAACAUUGGAAUUGAACUCACUGAGGAAGGACCCCUCAACUCCCCCCUUUACAGUAUGACAGACGCUGAGUCCGCCACACUCAAGGACUGGCUCAGGGAUGAGUUGAAGAGUGGGAAGAUCUGUCCCAGCAAGUCUUUGAUCAGUUCCCCUGUAAUGUUUGUUCCCAAAAAGGAUGGUUCCUGCCGCUUGGUUGUUGAUUACCGCCAACUCAAUAACCAGACAAAAAAGAACGUCUACCCUCUACCCCAUCCUGAUGACCUAAUGGCCCAGCUCCGCAGCGCCAAGGUCUUUACUAAACUAGACUUACGGUGGGGAUAUAAUAAUGUCCAAGUUAAGGAAGGUGAUGAAUGGAAGACCGCUUUCCGCACCAAGUAUGGGCUCUAUGAGUCAUUGGUAAUGACAUUUGGUUUGACAAAUGCUCCCGCUUCAUUCCAGCACUUCAUGAACAACCUGUUCAAGGAUCUACUGGACGUAUGCGUCAUCAUCUACCUCAAUGAUAUCUUGAUCUAUUCAAGAGAUGACGUAUCUCACACACAACACGUCCACAAAGUCCUACGGCGCUUAAAGGAGAACCAACUGUUCUGCAAGGCAUCAAAAUGCACGUUCCAUGUCACAUCCGUGGAAUAUUUGGGAAUCAUUGUGUUGGAUAAGGGUUUCAGUCUGGAUAAGCUCAAAAUCCAGGCUGUACAAAAAUGGCUGGUUCCUACAAAGGUCAAAGAAGUGCAAUUGUUCCUGGGAUUUGCCAACUUUCUCUGCCAAUUUGUUGCCAAUUUCAGUCACUUGGCCAGACCCUUGCACAACCUGGUCAAAAAGGAUUUGAUUUGGAAAUGGGGUACAAAGGAACAAGAAGCCUUCCAAAGUCUGAAGGAUGCCAUUACAAACGCCCCGGUACUCUGUCAUGCGGACCCUGCCAAACCUUACUUCUUGGAAACAGACGCCUCAGGUGCAGCACUAGGGUCUAUACUCAGCCAACACCAAGAAGAUGGACAAUUACAUCCACUAGGUUUUCUGUUGGAAUUGUUCAAGGGAGCAGAGCAAAACUAUGAUACGCACAACAAAGAACUACUUGCAAUAAUCCACUCCUUUGAAUACUGGCAUAUCUUCCUGGAGGGCACCAAACACCUGAUCACAGAGUCCAGAACCUUCAACCGCUGCCAUGCACAAUGGCACUUACUCCUUGCUGGCUAUAAUUUCCAAAUUGUGUACCGCCCAGGCAAACAAUCCGGCAAACCGGAUGCCCUGUCCCGCCAAGCCAACCACGCUGACAUUCCCCCUGCCAACCAGACCAUGUUACCAGCCCCCAUAUUUGCUAAUGUUGCCAUAGUCACACCCAAGAAGGAACUCCAGCGCCAGAUUGAAGCCGCAUUGGACCAGGACAAGUCUUUGGAGGGAAUACUCCAAUUCCUCCAGAACAAAUCAAAGGCUCCUCCCUCCAUCAGACAAGCCUUCAAGGAUUAUGAAAUGGAAGCAGGACUAUUGUUCUACCAAGGGCGCAUUGUAGUACCCAACGUUGGUACCCUGAGGACAGAUUUGCUCCAAAUUUUCCACAAUAGCCCCUUAGCAGGACAUCCAGGGAGACAACGCACAUUGGAACUAGUAUCAAGGGAUUACUACUGGCCCAGAAUCCGUGCUGACACCUACUGGCACGUGGACUCCUGUGAGACAUGCCAGCAAAUAAGAAAACCCAAGUACGCACCUAUACCGCCACAGCCACUAGAACUCCCUACCAGACCAUGGCAGCAUGUGUCCUACAAUAUGAUUGUGGACUUGCCAAAGGACAGGAACCAUGACUCAAUCCUGGUCAUCAUUGAUAGCUUCACCAAGUAUGGAAUAUUUGUCAAAUGUUCCAAGAAGUUAAAGGCACCGGAACUGGCAGAACUAUUCCUGGAACAUGUGUGGAAACGUGUUGUACGCCAACUGUAA